UGCGCCGGGGGGGGACUGUCCCCGCGCAGUGCCGAGCCGCCCGCCGCCGACCGGCCCAGCACCGGCUCCAAGUGGGUCCGGCUCAACGUGGGUGGCACCUACUUCGUGAGCACCCGGCAGACGCUGUGCCGCGAGCCCAAGUCCUUCCUUUGCCGCCUCUGCUGCCAGGACGGGCCCGAGCUGGGGUCGGACAAGGAUGAGACAGGGGCAUAUCUCAUCGACAGGGAUCCCACCUAUUUUGGUCCAAUCCUGAACUACCUCCGACAUGGGAAACUCAUCUUAAACAAGGAGCUGGCUGAAGAAGGGGUACUGGAAGAGGCUGAGUUUUAUAACAUUGCAUCUCUGGUGCGGCUGGUGAAGGAGCGGAUACGGGACAACGAGAACAGAACCUCCCAAGGACCUGUCAAGCAUGUGUACAGGGUCCUACAGUGCCAAGAGGAAGAACUUACACAGAUGGUGUCCACAAUGUCUGAUGGAUGGAAAUUUGAACAGCUCAUCAGCAUUGGAUCAUCUUAUAACUAUGGAAAUGAAGACCAGGCAGAAUUCCUCUGCGUCGUCUCCAGGGAGCUCAAUAACUCUACCAAUGGCAUUGUCAUAGAACCUAGUGAGAAGGCAAAGAUUCUUCAAGAGCGUGGAUCCCGGAUGUAACCUGAGUGGCUGGUUCAGUUAAACUCCUAGAUGUCAAAAGGGCAGUCGAGCCGGGCAGAGCAUUUCUCCGCAGUUCAACCUUGCUCUUGUACAGUAACCAAGCUAACGCAAAACAAAGCUGAGCCUGUCCUGCCAACGGAGAAGAAUUCUGGUCAUAACCAAAGGUUUUCCCCUUAACUCCAGGAAAGAAGGAGACACUCGUCCAGUUGUGGAUAAUCCUUUCUCCAAAUAUUCAUUUUUGUUUCCUUGGCCAGCGCUGUAUUCAAUCUUUCCAACUGACAGCUGGGCUGGAUUCCCAGCCCGAGCCUUUGUGAGUGUUGCUCAGUUCUGCAGGCCCCUGUCAUCUGCUCUCCCAUCCCACCACCGAUGGGCUGGAGUAGGUGAACAAGGAGCUAUGUUUGAUCUGGGCCAUCUCCCUCGCCCGGGUUUGCCGAGUAGAAAACUUGCAGCUACUUGGCCAUGCUGCUUCAUCUCAGCUAGCCCUAUCCAAAUCAGAUGAAAAAGGGUCUAGAGGCAAAUGAUAGAAACCCAAGAACUUUGUCUACCUUCUCCAUUCUUGCUUUGUAUCUGUUACCGGUUUGAUUCCUAAGAGCCAAGUAAGAUGCUACAUAAGUCUAGAGGGGAGGGAAGUUGUAUGCAUGUCUAAUGCUGGCCCUGAAGGCUUCUGUUGCUCACUGUUGCUACAUAUGGGCUCCUGGCAUUUCCCAAAGCCUAUUGCUUUUCAUGCAUAUUUAAACAAAACCUGUUCUCACCCAUAAUGCAACAGAGUCAACAGUUCUGCCCUUUCCUCUCCUGUCUUGGAGAAGAGUAGUGACAGGGAUGCUGUCCUACCUCCCCUCUCAUACCAUGUCACGGCUACACCUUAGCCUGGCAGAAUUACUUGAUUUAUCAAGGGAAGGGGACUUGUUAUUGCCAAGUUCAGCUUUGCCUUGUCCGUCUCCAGCAGCAUGGACUCCCUUGUGCUCUGUCUGUCUUAUCCCUUCUCAUGGCAGCAGGAAGAGUUAGGGCAGACGUCCUUUUGUACUGUAGCAAGCCAGUAAGUUUGUUUCUGUCCAAACUGGUCAGCUCAUUUGUGGAGGAGAUCCCCCUCUUUUAUGCAUGGUGGUUCCACAUCUGCAGCCCCCUCAUGCAACCACCUCCAAACAGGUCAGCCUGAUGUACCAUGGGGCAUUGCAGAGAUGGGAGGGGGAGGGGGGCUGGGUGAAAGUUGCCAAACUGUUGUAAUGUUUCUUGUCCAAAGUGACGUGUCUACUCGUGACCUUUUUUUGGAAUGCCUUGAAUGGACGUGCAAAUGUGCGUUUGUGCCUCUCUCUUUGAUUUCUAAUCUUAGCCAAACUACAGUUCGCUGGUCCCUUCAGUGAGUCUGUGCCAUCCCUAACCAGUGGUGUGUCCCUCCUAGUCUGAUAAAUGGAAUUUCUUAGGAAUUCACUGCAUGUUUCUUCCUUAACUUCCCAUCCUGGCUUUGUUCCUCGUAGCCUAGUAUUUUGGCACCUGUGUCUUUUUGCUUCAGUGCUAGUUUGGGACUCGACUCAACCUUGGAAUUCACAGGCGUUGGCAAGGCCAAGGUGGAAAUUCCUGGUGUAGGUCAGUUUGCCCUGCAGGAAUUGGAUUCACUGACAACUGGUCAGUGUUGAGAUGCCUCUGGUAGGGAGGUUUCCCCAUCUCUUCCUCAUGACUGCAGGGCACAGGAUGGGGACCAGAGCUGCUGAGGGUCUGGAUGACCUCUGUAGCGUGCAAGACAUGUAGUAGAUCAGAGAUGUCCCCACCUGCUGUCCACUCCUCUUCAGUCUCUGUGCCCUCUCCCCAACACUUGCUAAUGUACACCCCCUCCUGCAUGCUCCUUACUUCUUUCUCCAGGAGGAGGGGUUGAUCACCUGCUCUUGUUCAGUGUUGAUAACAGAUGGUGCCAAAUGUCUUGGAACUUGCAUUGCGUCAGUCAUGGCUGUCAAAAGUAGUCUGGGUUGGCAUCAUGCUGAAUAACCUGGCUUCCCUGCUCUCUCCACCCCCUUCCUGGUCUCAAACAUGACAAGAUGGUGUUAGCAUGGUUAGACUGUAUGCCUUGGCAGGGCCUAAACAACACUGUGAUGUGUAUAUAUCUCUCUUCUCUAUCAGUAUCCUGUAGCCCCAGCCAUCACUAGUUUGUGCUUGCAGCUGAGAAAUAAAGAGAUAGCGCAUGUAUGUGGCUUAGCAGCAAGAAGAAGAAAAACACAUCUAACACAUUAUCAGUACACCCCAUCGGCCACCUUCCCCCCCCCAAAGGAGAAGGGACCUUGGGGAAAUUAGUCAAGGAGUAUCACAGGCUCAAGCCAACAAGAAUGGCAUUGCUGCCAUUUCCCUUGCAGUCAAUGCAAGGCCAACCUGCUUUGCACAGCAUUAGGUUUGAACAGUAGGGAGACCUCUUAUCCAGUAUGGUUGAAGCUGGUCAAACAAUACCUCGUUGCUUUUUUUUUUUUUUUGCAUCACCAAAAACACCACACACAGCAAAGCCCUUGAGGAGUGCCUGACAUCAGAACACCACUGAGAAACACCACCUCUCCACCUUCUGCAUGCCAGAAGGAGCAUCUGAUCAAGCCAGAGGAAUGAGGUAGUGGCAAAGAGCCAAUGCCAUUUCAGUGGAAGGGAUAGUUCCACCCAACACAUGAAGAAACAGAUCAUGAAAGUUCAAUCUUAGUCUUCCCCUAACAUCCCUGUUGAAGAUCUUGGGAAUAUCUUUCUCCAAGGCAACUUAUUUCAGGUAUCAGUUCCACAUCGGACUCGAGUUCCUUAGGGACAGUUGGGUAACGUUCUAAUUUUUUCAAAGACUCUUGACUCCUCUAGGUAUAAGGGCUGGUAAUCCAUUCAGAGUAGGACAGCCUUCCUACAUAGCCUAGCUCUAAAUUUCUUUUUACUGAUUGCAACAGGUCACCUUUGGCCUUGGUCAGAUCUGAAGGACUAGUUGGUCUCUACUGUUAUCAGUUGCAUCUCUCCAUUGCUUGAGAUAAAGGCAAUGGACAGAAAGACAGGACCCAUCUCCUCAAAUGAAAUCAAAACAAAAAUCUGUCCUUGUAGCUGAGCAGGAAGGGUGAACAGGUGAUAGGAGACAUGCUGGAUCUCCAGGGGAGUUGGCAUCUCUUGAGAAGGUUCAUUCUAAACCAUGCGCCCUGGGAAUGGAUAGUGCGUUCCCACCCCUCAACAAUUUCCCAGUGGCCUGAAUUGUUCCACUACAGCGAGACUGGAAUUAACCUCUCAAAGUGUCUUCGUUUCUGCACAUUUUUAAAUCGAUCUUCUCAGGGGUGACCGAGUGGGCCAAGGGGAAGGGGGAGGGUUAGUGCAGGGGUAGCAAGGAGCUCCCUGGCCUCUGCAACUGUACCAGCAGCUCCUGACCCUCCGGUUUUGCCUGCAGACCCAGAGGUUUUGUACAGUUUGUCACGUGUCAGUGCCCUUUGCUACUGUUUCUCUUUGUUUAUUAAAUGUGUUUGAAUAAUGAUUGAGAUGCUGUGAUUUACAUUUUUUUUUUUCAAUAAAGAUGCUGAAAUGGGAUUGAAGUUUGAACUAA